GUUGACGGAAGUAGACGUGGAGUUUUGGGAUUGUGCAGCGGCUCGGCUGGAAACGUUGACAUUUCUCUCAAGUUUAGCCGCUUCCCGGUUUCUAAAUUAUUUUUAAUAUGUUUUAUCGCUAUGGUCUAGAAACUGUUUCACGUUAUUAAGCAAAUGGACGUUUAUUUGUGUUUAAAAAGAGAAUGAUAGGGGUGUAACACUAUAGGGUUGAGGAGUUAGCUAGCUCGCUAAAUUAGCUCGAGCUGUCAUUCAUUGGUCAGAUGUGUGGCGUGUCGCGCGCUUAGAAGUUGCAAAACAACAUGAAAGAAGCGUCGCGUGAACAAGCACGAGCUGCAGUAGUCGGAUAACAAAGACAAGCAUGACUAUUUGUGAGUCUGGGUUUGUGCAUUGAUAGACAAAGUCAAUUAUAUCGUCGGAAAAGUUGACAGGGAAGCGUUCACACCUGUCCAUCCGUCACAGCUUCAUUACUGUAAAUAGGAGUUUUUCCAAAAAUGUCUCCAGUCCCUUUGCUUCCCCUCAUCAUCAACUGCUGCAUGUCUGUUCUGGGAUGUUUUGCAACAAUCAAGCUCAUUCCAGCCUUCAAGGAACAUUUCAUAUCUGCCAGACUCUAUGGCAGGGAUUUGAACAAAACAACAAAAAAUGAAGUCCCCGAAUCUCAAGGUGUGAUCAGCGGCACGGUUUUCCUCAUCAUCCUUUUCCUCUUCAUCCCUGUGCCUUUCCUCAGCUGCUUCGUAGGAGAGCAGUGUCAGCGUUUUCCUCAUAAUGAGUUUGUCGAGCUGAUCGGUGCGCUGUUAGCCAUCUGCUGCAUGAUCUUCCUCGGCUUUGCUGACGACGUGCUCAACCUGCGAUGGAGACACAAACUGCUGCUGCCCACUAUGGCCUCGCUGCCUCUCCUCAUGGUCUACUUCACCAACUUCGGCAACACUGUCAUAGUUGUUCCCAAACCGUUCCGAGCCCUGUUGGGGAUGCACCUCGACCUGGGUAUCCUGUAUUAUGUAUAUAUGGGAAUGCUGGCUGUGUUCUGCACAAAUGCCAUCAACAUUCUGGCUGGGAUUAAUGGCAUCGAGUCCGGACAGGCUCUCUUCAUCUCCGCCUCCAUCAUCAUCUUCAAUGUACUGGAGCUAAAUGGAGACUACAGAGAUGACCAUGUUUUCUCUUUGUACUUCAUGAUCCCGUUCUUUUUCACCACGCUGGCUCUCUUCUACCAUAACUGGUACCCAUCGUCUGUUUUUGUAGGCGACACGUUCUGUUACUUUGCUGGCAUGACCUUCGCCGUGGUCGGGAUCCUCGGCCAUUUCAGCAAAACCAUGCUGCUCUUCUUUAUCCCUCAAGUCAUAAACUUUAUAUACUCCUUGCCGCAGCUCUUCCAUAUAGUUCCAUGUCCUAGACAUCGCUUGCCCAGAUUACAGCCAGACACUGGAAAGCUUGGGAUGAGCUACUCGAAGUUUAAAAAGAAGGACCUUGGCCAAUUAGGACAGCUCAUAGUGAAGGUGGCAGAAACAUUACGGCUGCUGGAUGUGUGCAGGGGUCAGGAGGGAGAUGAUGAGUUUAUGGAGUGCAAUAACAUGACGCUAAUAAAUCUAGUGCUCAAGAUACUUGGGCCCAUACACGAGAGAAACCUCACAGCCAUUAUGCUGUUAAUACAGGUCUUUGGGAGCGUGAUUGCUUUUGGUAUUCGGUAUCAUUUGGUUCGACUCUUCUAUGAUGUCUAGCAGCAAGCCAGGAGAAUGCAUGAGAGCAAGAAGACGUUUCCACUUCCUUCCUUUAAAACAAACAAACAAACAAAUGAACCUACUUCUAUUUACCACUUACACAGGGAUAUGCUUACAGCAUUGUUCCAUGUAACUACUGUGUUUCCUAUAGUCCUAAGUUCCUAAAGUCCUACUACAGUCUGGUUGUCAGGGAAAGGACUCAGUAAGAAUGUACUCGAAGGAACAAGGAGUGUUGAGUUUAAGGCACUGAAGCAAAUUUAUAUUUGUGCAAUCAUUUGUUUAGCUUAACAGGAAGAAGAUAACAAUUUCAUUAUUAUUUUUAUUUUUUUAUUUUUUUCAUUCUGAUCGUCCAACCAAAUUCAUUGUACUUCUGUAAAAAUUGGCCUUGAAAGGAAGUAGAAGUGAUACUAAAUAUCAGUAAACACCCACAACCGAGUCGAUAUAUUAUGGUGUAGUUUGGAAUUUGAGUUCUUUGGGUUUUAUUCUGCAUGCUUCUGUGUAGUAAAGGAAAUGCAGAGCAGCAGAAAGCUAAGUAUGGUUUGGUGGUUAAAAGGUUAUUCACUCUUUCUGGUGUAAAAUACGGUGAAUCCGGAGGUAUUUUAUAGGCAUUAUUCUAUGCAUAGCUCUAGUUUUCUUUAUCUGAAAAACACUGAACCUUUGAUGGACAUGUAUAAGUUGGAUACAAGCUGGUGUGUGUCAGAAACCUAUUAGAGAGUUUGAUUUAAAAUUAAAG